UCGGGAAACCCUCCGUUCCGUUCCGUUCCAUUUCUUCGUCAUAAAUCUCUCCGUCUCUCUCUCUCCGUCUCUUUCUCUCUCUCUCUUCGUCCUCUUCCUCCUCGUCCUCCUCGCGCGGUCGAUGAGUUGAUCCUACGUCGCAUUUCCCGAUCUAGGGUUAGGGUUAGGGUUUUGGUAUCGGAAUGUCGCAGAACGGGAAGCUGCUGCCGAACCUGGACCAGCAUAGCACGAAGGCGCUCAACCUCACAGUGCUCCAGCGGAUCGAUCCCUUCGUCGAGGAAAUCCUCAUCACCGCCGCCCACGUCACCUUCUACGAGUUCAACAUCGAUCUCAACCAAUGGAGUCGCAAGGAUGUCGAGGGAUCGCUCUUUGUAGUGAAGAGGAAUACACAGCCCAGAUUUCAGUUCAUUGUCAUGAAUAGACGCAAUACAGAUAAUUUGGUUGAGGAUCUCUUGGGAGAUUUUGAGUAUGAAGUCCAGGUACCAUAUUUAUUGUACCGAAAUGCAGCACAAGAAGUUAAUGGAAUAUGGUUUUACAACUCUCAAGACUGUGAAGCGGUUGCAAAUCUUUUUAGCAGGUAAAUUGUUGUUCUCGCUUGCUGCCUCAUUUGC